AUGGACCCACCCUCCACUUCCGCUCCUCAAGCCCCAAAUUCUAGUGCCAUUCCCUCUCAACCUCAACCUAAUUCCAAAGGUGGCAUUAAUGCCAUUACCUUGAGAUCCGGGACUCAAUUGAAAGAGAAGAAGGUAAAGGACCCAAGCCCGAUCAUAAUCACUCAAGAGGAGGAGGGAAUCGAGAUAGAAGAAAUAGAAGAAGAGGAGGAAGCACAAGUCAUAGUUGAGGAUGAAGAGACUCAACCAACAAGUGAGACCCCUAAGAAUAAGAGAGCCGUGGAGGAAGAAAUUGCUCAACCAAUCCCAUUUCCUACACUUGCAAAGAAAGCUAGGAAGCGUAUGAAAAUUGACCCCAAAAUGGUAGAGAUGUUUAAUAAAGUUGAGGUAACUAUCCCUCUCUUCGAUGCUAUCCAUCAAGUACCUAAAUAUGCAAAAUUUCUUAAGGAUUUAUGCAUGAAAAAGGAUAGAAUUCUUGAGUUAGAGACUAUUCCAUUGGGGAGUUCUAUUUCUGCUUUAAUGGGAGCAUUACUCGAGAAGUGUGAUAAUCUGGGCCCGUGCCUGGUCACUUGUACUGUAGAUGGGGUUCAAUUUCUAGAUUGUAUGUGUGAUCUCGGUGCAUGCGUUAGCAUUAUGCCUCUUUCCGUCUACUGUAUAUUGAGGCUACCACCAUUGAAGAGGUCGGCGGCAAGAUUUGUUUUGGUGUACAAGAAUAUAAUAACCGUGACGGGUGUUGCAGAAGAUGUAUUGGUGAAUAUAAAAGGGUUGGUGUUUUCAAUUGAUUUUUACGUUCUUGAGAUGCCAUCAAGUGAGUCCGAGAGGGCAUCAUCUAUCCUAAUUGGGAGACCAUUUUUGAGGACCUCUAGUUUCAAGUUUGAUGCCUACUCGGGAACCUACUCGUUUGAAAUAGAUGGGAGAGUCGUGAGUUUUAGCCUAGAAAAAGCAAUGAAACACCCACCAGAGAAUCAUUCUCUAUUUCGGUGUGACCCAAUUGACAACAUUGUGGCCGAAGUACAUUUUGCAAAGUUAGAUAAGAAGCAUGUGAUUGAAGACACAAGUGAAAACCCAAGUGAAGCGAACGCAUUACCCCAUCCGGAUCAUCCGGAAGUUCAAGCCUCAUGUCAAGACCAUAAGGUAGAAUUAAAGCCACUACCACCCCACCUAAAGUACUCAUAUCUUAAUGAAGCCCACAAGUUUCCUAUGAUUAUUGCAAGGGAACCAAAUCCUCAACAAGAAGAAAAGUUGCUAUGUAUCUUGAGGAAGAACAAAAGGGCCAUAGGGUGGAGCUUGGUAGAUCUAGUGGGAAUAAGCCCCCAAGUAUGCGAGCACUAA